AGAAACUUUAAAGGAAAUUGAUGAUGUCUAUGAAAAAUAUAAGAAAGAAGACGAUUCAAACCAGAAAAAACGCCUACAGCAACAUCUGCAGAGAGCGUUAAUCAAUAGCCAAGAAUUGGGAGAUGAAAAAAUUCAGAUUGUCACGCAAAUGCUCGAAUUGGUGGAAAAUCGGGCAAGACAAAUGGAGCUUCACUCACAGUGUUUCCAAGAUCCUGCUGAAAGUGACCGAGCUGCAGACAAAGCAAAGAUGGAUUCUAGUCAACCGGAAAGAUCUAGAAGACCUCGAAGACAGCGCACCAGUGAGAGCCGUGACUUAUGUCACAUGACAAAUGGAAUUGAAGACUGUGAUGAUCAGCCACCAAAAGAAAAGAAAUCCAAAUCUGCUAAGAAAAAGAAACGCUCCAAGGCCAAGCAGGAAAGGGAAGCCUCACCUGUUGAGUUUGCAAUAGAUCCCAAUGAACCAACUUACUGUUUAUGUAACCAAGUGUCUUACGGGGAAAUGAUAGGCUGUGACAAUGAACAGUGUCCCAUUGAAUGGUUUCACUUUUCAUGUGUUUCACUCACCUACAAACCAAAGGGGAAGUGGUAUUGCCCAAAGUGCAGGGGAGACAAUGAGAAAACAAUGGACAAAAGUACUGAAAAGACAAAAAAGGAGAGAAGAUCGAGGUAGUGAAGGCCAUCUGUGUUUUAAAAGGGUUGUUUGUCUUUUAUAUAACUGGUUUACUUUCAGAAAAUGUUUUAGGGUAAAUGCAUAAGACUAUGCAAUAAUUUUUAAUCAUUAGUAUUAAUGGUGUAUUAAAAGUUCUUGUACUUUGUCUGUGACCUUAAUUUUCUGCACUGAAUUACCAAAUAUUUUAAGCCAGGUAGUCUUGAGGGCACCUGAGGAAAGGAGCAGGAAACAGGGAGAGAGUGGUAUGAACGAACUUCAAGCAGCUUCCCAAACCACGCCUAUUUCAUUUGCACCUCAAGCUCCCAUGUUGUUUUGUGGGGUAAACACAAAAGUUUUACUAACAUCUUAGUUCUGUGUGCUUAAAAUUUUUAUGUAUUGUUGGAGUUCUUUGUGUCAAAUUAUCUUGGUAAUUUCAAAUAUGAACACUAUCCUGUUUAGAGAUUCUUACUGGCCCCAUGUAUUUAUACACUUGUUAAAUCUCUAGUCUUCCAGAAAUUCUGGGAACUAGAGAGAAGAGUUACUUGUGAUUCCAUGUGGAAUAAUGCACUCUUACUGGAGUAUUUGCUGCUGUAUUUCCUUGGUAGCUUUUGACAACUGUCAAUUGUAGCAUCUGUAAAUGCCAUUGCUUUUUCAGAACAGAUGCACUUCAUCUAGUGCUGAUAAGAGACUUGCUUUGUUUUGAUUGGGACAGGUAAGGCUAGUUAGAAUACCAAAACACUGCCAUUGGCUGGCUCGCACUGGCAAGAUUUGGAGUAUUUAGCAUCAUGGUUCAGGUUGAACAAUUUAAAGAUGGUGUCUUGAUAUUUUCCUUGUGACCCACUGCUGGGACAUGUAGCCACAGACCUGUCAGUGGGAAAAGGGCAUAUAUGAGUCUUUAAACAUCGCCUUUUCUGUCAAACAGUUAUUUUAAAUAGUUUCCCUGGGGGCUAGAGUUUGUUUCUAUCCCAAUGAGUAAUUAUACAUUAUUUUAAAUAACUAUAUUUACCUUAACCUCUGGUAUUGGUGCUGUUUGGUGUUUUCAUGUCUAUUGAACUAAUUUCAUUCUAACAAUACAAUUGAUAAUGUAUUUGUAAAUUGAACCUUCUGGGAUUUUGACAUUUUAAGGGCAAGCAUUUUGAUGGAUAUAUGUCCUUGCAUUGGAGCAGUUUUUGAUUAUGGGGGGCAGCAGAUGGACCUGUUCUAUAAACUUAUGUGCAGCAUA